AUGGAUGCAACAAAGAUCACGUGUGAACCCCAGCCACACCUCACUCUGGAUUCCGAUUUGGCAACGAUCAACGAGUUAUUGAUCGAACCAUUAACAGCGGUGACUUUCCUAGAAAUCAUUACAACUGUUACAAUUCAAUCAAACGAUAUCAUCACUUUCUCAUUCAUCAAAAUGACAAUUCGGCCUCCAUUCGGCCAUCGCAUGCGUGACACCCAUUUCCAAUUCUCUUCCAGCUACACACCUCUAAACCACGGUUCUUUUGGCGCGUACCCACGUCCUAUCCAACAAGCUCAAGAUGCAUUUCAGAAGCAGUGUACUGAAAGACCCAGUACAUUCUACGUCUAUGAUCUUCCAGAACUCAUUGAUCAAUCACGAGAAGCCGUUGCACCUCUUCUAGGUGCUGAUCCAAAGGAAGUGGUUCUAAUCCCGAAUGCGACGACAGGUGUGAAUACUGUAUUGAGGAAUCUGAAAUGGGAGGAGGGAGAUAUGAUUGUUUACUUUAGCACGAUUUAUGAUGCGUGUGAGAAGACAAUUGAAAGUGUAAGAGAGAUGUUGGGAGUAGAAGUAGCGACGUAUUGUCAGGUAUUGGAGUUUCCGAUUAAUGAGGAGAGUAAAUUAGGGGAAUUCAAGGAGUUUGUAGAGUUAGUAAAAGCGAUGGGUACGAAAGUUAAGUUGGCUAUAUUUGAUACGGUCCUGACAUUCCCCGGUGUUCGAAUGCCUUGGGAGAAGCUGGUACAGAUAUGCAAAGAACUAGGUGUCUUGAGUUUAAUUGAUGGUGCUCACGGUAUCGGACACAUCGAUCUCACACACCUUGGCUCAGUCAGUCCCGACUUUUUCGUCAGUAACUGUCAUAAAUGGCUCUAUACCCCUCGCUCCUGUGCAGUUUUUUAUGUACCCCUCCGCAACCAACACCUCAUUCGCACCUCCCUCCCUACAUCUCACGGCUACCGCAAAAUUUCCGAGAAUGACACUUUGGAAGAUAUCAAUAACUAUUUCGUCUCAAUGUUCAACUUCGUUGCAACCAUUGACUACACACCAUACCUAUGCAUCCCCGCCGCAAUAUCCUUCCGUAAUACCAUUUGCGGCGGCGAAGCAUCGAUUCGUCAAUAUUGUUUUGAUCUUGCUAAAACAGGCGGUAACUUAUGCGCUUCGACUCUGAAUACACACACUCUCCCUAUCUUGCCCGGAAGAGAAACGUUCUUUACCAACAUUAAGCUACCAAUAUCCUUUUUGCGUGAGAGCAAUGACAAGUCCCAUGCAACAUCCGAGACAACAGCAUUCAAACCUGCCGAUGCAGAAAAGAUCAAAGUAUGGCUCAACAAAACCGCAGUCAAAGAAUUUGAUACCUAUCUGCAAAUUGGAUGGCAUGCGAAUGUGCUCUGGGUCAGGUUAAGCGCGCAAAUAUAUCUUGAAUUGAGAGAUUUCGAGUGGGUAGGGGAGAAGUUAAAGGGAUUAUGUGAAAGAGUUAAUGAGGGGGAAGUGGAAGGAACGAAGAGAGUGGAUUUAGCGGGGGUUCCGGAGGCUCAGAGCUCGUUCAUUUGUGGUAGCGCUUGUGAUGAUUAA